AUAAAACGUCAUUUUCAUUCACAAAAUGAAAUCCCAAGUAUACAACGAUUAAUAUCAUGUUUUGCAUUUAUAAAUAGUAAUAGCAUUCCAUAUCCUAAAAAAUUCAGUUCUUCAUUUACUACAAUAAAAAAGUUGACUCAAAAUGGGUUUCUUGGGUUUGACGGAGGAUCCAAUUACUGAAGAAGUUGAUAAAGCAACAGAUGAAAACAAUACCGAAGAGAAUUGGGGUGAGAUUAUGAACAUUUGUGAUAAAGCAGGAAAAACUAGUGAAGACGCAAAAAAAUAUCUAAGAGCAAUAAUUAAAAGAUUAUUUAAUAGUGAUCCGCACAUCGCCAUACAAGGUGUUGUGCUUCUAGAUGCCUGUGUGAAGAAUUCAGGUAAAACCUUUCAUUUAGAAGUAGCCUCUAGAGAGUUUGAGAAUGAAUUCAUCAAAUUGAUGACUAAAGCCCAUCCAUCGGCAGCAAAAAAAUUGAGGGAAUGUCUGAAAAGAUGGUCCGAAACAGAAUUCAAAAAUGAUACUAGCUUAAAUUUAAUACCUUCACUAUAUGCAAAACUUAAGAGAGAAGGGAUGGAUUUCACAAUUUCAUCUGAUACACCUAAAAAAUCUGUCCCAAUUAGUAGAGAUCCAAAUGUGGUAGAAUCUAAUGAAGAGGAAGAACAGAUCAUGAGAGCUAUUGAACUUUCUUUGAAAGAAAGUUCAGGUUCACCUAGGACAACUACAACUACAAAUACAAGUCUUUAUCCAUCAACUAAUUUGUCAAGUUUGAGUACAUCCUCAGUUCAACCUUCAACUUCAGUGCCCACUAAAGAACCUAUUAAGGUACAAGCCCUGUACGACUUUGAAGCAGCAGAGGAUAAUGAACUCACUUUUAAUGCUGGAGAUAUAAUUUUUGUAACAGAUGACUCAGACCCAAAUUGGUGGAAAGGCACCAACCAAAAAGGUGGAGAAGGUCUUUUCCCAGCAAAUUUCGUUACCACUGAUUUGAGUGUGGAACCUGAAAAAUUAUUAUAUGAAAAGGCAAAGAAAAUUGUUCAGUUCAAGGAGUCUGUGGAUAUAAAAGUUGAAAAGGAAGCUGAUGACAUUGAAAUAAAUGAGGGAAAAAUAGAUAGGCUUUUACAUUUGAUGCAUGAAGCUGAUCCUACAAAUCCUGAAAGAGACACCGAGGAAAUGCUGUUAUUGGAACAGGAAGUAAAUGCCAUGGGUCCUCUCAUCGAUUCAGAAUUGGAAAGAGUUGACAGAAAACAUGCUCAGCUUACUCAGUUGAGUGCAGAUCUUGUAGAGGCAUUGAGUCUCUAUCAUACCUUGAUGCGAGAGCCUGGCUUACCUUCGAUGUCUAAGUUACCGUAUGGUUAUCCUACUAGUAGUCAGGCUUUCUGGAAUAAUUUUCAGUCAUUCAAUGGACAUCAUACUCUUCCCAUGAUGGGUCCUCCAAUAGGUCCCAACAAUUUACCGCCAGGCAUGAACAGGCCUCCUUACAUGCACCAGGCUGCUCCGAUGCACUAUGGCCCCCAAAUGCAAUUACAAGGUAUGAUGCCCCCACACCAUAUGGGUCCCAUGCAGCCUGGACCAGGUUCCACAACGGGUCCUAUGACAUCACAAACAAUGCCAAGCCAAAUGAUGCCAAAUACUAACGAAGAACGAAAUCAAGAUCCCAAUAUGAUGCAAUAUGGGAUUCCCAACUUCAGAGUACCUGGAUCAAUACCUCCAAAUUACCAACUGGGAGCACCCAUAAGCUCUCAUACAAUCAUCCCAAAUAAUUCCCAACAACCAGGGCCUCAUUAUACCUCAAAUAACAACAGUCGUAUGAUGUAGCCCUCCACAGCUCUAAACUACCUUUUGUUAUUACAAAUUUAUCAUGUGAUGAUAAUAUUUUUAUCUGAAACCAUUAAAGUCUGUAAAACAAAGUUUUACUUUUGCUUAUGUCAGGAAUAUGUUCAUUGUUAUUAUAGUCCACGCCUUCUAUCAUGUUAAGGAAUAUAGAAUUAGGCUGCAAUUUUGAUAAUAUUCAAAGAGAAUUUGUAUAUUUUAAAGGUUUGGUUAACAGAAAAUGUGUUAUAUUUUAGAUUUAAGAAAACAUAGACUCGAUGUAAUAUAUGAAUAUUUAAUAAAUUUGAUUUUGAACUAAA